AUGACCGAAAGUAGUGGAAAGGAAAAAGUUAAAUGGACUACCACUGUAAUUAUGAGCUCAUCUCUUCAGAGUCAUGAAGUUGCAGCCAUCUUACAAAAUGAAAACCACCGAGUUCGUUUUUCAAAUUCAGUAGAACCUGGAUCCAUUAUUUUUUCUCUUUCUGGGAUUGCGUUUUUACUACUGGACGCCCAGGAGUGUUUUAUGAUAACUGAAGAAACCCUUUUGGCCCAAAUUGAGAAGUUUAUGAGGAUCCACCGGAACAGCUUUUUGGCCCUCUGUGCGGCCCUCCAUGGCCCUCGAGAAUGGAGGCUGAUGGCCAGGAUUCAGCAGAGAUUCCUGGGUGAUAAUUUACGCAUCAUUCCAAUCCACAACCCAUCAGACACUGUUAAACUUAUGACUACAUUAGCUAAGAGCACUUGCAAACCGUAUAUAGACAACAUUCGUUACAGAAUGAUUAUGGCUAAAGCCCAGAUCAUAGAGCAAAGUCCCGUUUGGAAAACACUUCGUAAGAUACAGCUGGACUGUGAUUCCCUUAAUUAG